UACUUGAGAUAUUUGCAAAAUUCGGGAAAUAAAAAAUAUGAAUAUUUAAAUAGUCUGUUAGGGUAAGGCUUUCUAAAGGUGGGUCAAUGAUUAACACUAACUCAACUCUGGAGUUAAAUUUCAAAUGACUAAAUCCUCUAUUAAGUAGUAAAUAGAACUUAAAUCUUGUCAAGGGAAAAUCACAGCAUUUAUAUGAAGAUAACUGACUUUAGACUGACUGGCAUGUUCAUUUUGAUGGAAACAAAGUAGAUUUUAGAAAACAUUUAAUCACAGAUGUGUUUCUGAAUAAGUAAAAUUCGAUGGCUGAGAGUGAAGAAAAAUGUUUUCCAACUUGUAACAUCAUUUUUGUUUUCUCUAGCUUUGAGAAGAGAAAAAAAAAAAUGAAGAACCAAUCAAUGGAAAUAGAUUUCACUCUCCUAGGAUUGUCAAACGAUCCACAAUUGCAAAUUGGGAUUUUCCUGUUUCUAUUUUUCAACUACAUCUUGAGCCUGAUGGGGAACUUCGUCAUCAUCCUCCUCACCCUCCUGGAUCCCCAUCUCAAGACCCCAAUGUAUUUCUUCCUUCUAAAUUUCUCCUUCUUAGAGAUUUCAUUCACAACAGUCUGCAUUCCACGAUACUUGAUAAGCAUUCUCACUGGAGACAAAUCAAUUUCCUACAAUGGUUGUAUAACACAAUUAUUCUUUUUUCUUUUAUUAGGAGUUACAGAGUUUUUCCUUUUGGCCGCCAUGUCCUAUGACCGCUAUGUUGCCAUCUGCAAACCUCUGCAUUACCCAGUCAUUAUGAACAGCAGAGUGUGCCAUCAGCUUGUCCUCAGCUCUUGGGUAGCUGGCUUCCUAAUUAUAUUUCCUCCUUUGGCCUUGGGACUUCAGCUGAAUUUCUGUGCUUCCAAAAUAAUUGAUCACUUCCUCUGUGACAGUUCUCCUGUCUUGCAGCUCUCUUGCACAGAUACAAGCUUCAUAGAAUUGAUGGCUUUUGUCUUAGCUGUGGUGACACUUGUCGUCACUUUGCUGUUAGUGGUCCUCUCCUACACAUACAUCAUCAAAACCAUUCUAAAAUUCCCUUCUGCUCAACAAAGAACAAAGGCCUUUUCCACCUGUUCCUCACACAUGGUCGUUGUCUCUCUUACUUAUGGGAGUUGUAUCUUUACAUACAUGAAACCAUCAGCGAAGGAAAGGGUGACCGUAACUAAAGGUGUAGCCGUGCUCAAUACCUCUGUUGCUCCUUUACUAAACCCCUUCGUUUAUACUCUAAGGAAUCAGCAGGUGAAAGACGCUCUCAAGGAUAUGCUUCAAAGGUUUUGUUAUCUUCAAAACAAUGAAACAAAAUGUACACAUAAAUAAGUUGUUACUGAAACAUGAGUGGGGAAACGGAAUACAAUUUUCAAUUCAUUAGUUCAAAGCUAUGCCAUUUUUCCCUUUAAUGAUUUAUGCCAUUAGGUUUAGUCAGUCUGCCUUAUCUUUACACUUCUCUCUGUUCUCUCUGAGGAGACUAUUUUACUCUUUAUUAGUAAACUGCCUUUUUCAAGCAGAAUAUUAAAUUCCAUCUCUGACUAGAACUGUCUUCUCAUCAAUGCACUAUCAUGUACUGUGCUGACUCCUUUCUAAAACUGAGCCUUAUUAUUUCAACAUAUGUGUGCUGCUUGCUAAGCAUUGCAUCUGCUUCUAAUAUUUUGCUCUGCUAAAACUGUGAAAGACAAAUUCACAACCUGAUAAAUAUUAUAUGAUGCAAGUGAUUUUAUGAUGAAAAAAGGUAGAACUCAGAUUGACUUUCAAGAUCAAAAUAGUUUUCCAAGAGAAAUCACCAUUGAUACUGAACAC